AUGGUUCCGUGGAAAUGGCCAAAGUUCUACACGAAGCCGAUGACACAGGUGGUGCUCGUCGGUAUAACAUGCUUCGCAACAGUGGGCAUGUACAGCGCGAUCAGCAAUCUGGGAGCAGGUGGUACACAAAAUAUUACACUGUCCGACACUGCGAACGGCGUCCUCUAUGGCCUCUUCGCUGUGACCGGUCUAGUCAGUGGAAGCAUCUCAAAUAUACUCGGACCGAGACUCACGCUCUUCAUCGGCACACUUGGAUAUGCCCUCUAUGUCGGGUCGCUUUGGUGCUAUCAAACUCAGGGAACGAGCUGGUUCCUUAUUUUUGCCGGUGCCCUGCUCGGCAUUUCCGCCGCGUUGCUCUGGUCAGCGCAGGGCUCCAUCAUGAUGAGCUAUCCGCUCGAAAAAGAUAAGGGCAAAGCAUUCUCCGUCUUCUGGGCUAUUUUCCAAUUCGGCGCCUUGAUCGGUGCCCUUAUUGCAUUUACAAUCAAUGAACGUCACGGCGGGCUCACAGCCGUCUCGACAUCGACGUAUAUUGCAUUCCUCGUCGUAAUUUUUGUCGGCAUCGCCUCCGCGUUCCUGGUACUCCCCCCGAAUCACGUUAUCCGCGGGGAUGGGACGAUCGUCAAGCUCGAGGCUGCGUCGAAACUGCACGAGGAGCUGCUCAGCAUGUGGGCAAUGCGAAAAGACUGGCGGGUACUCGCCCUGCUCCCGAUGUUCUUCGCCUCCAACUAUUUCUACGCGUACCAGGGCGCAAUCAACACCGCACGCUUCGACUCCUCGACGCGCGCGCUCAACGCGGUCCUCGAGGGUGCGGGGGCGAUCGUCGGCGCGCUCAUCUACGGCUUCUGCGUGCUCGACGCCAAGUGGAUGAAGCGCCGCACGCGUGGGUACCUGGGCCUCGGCGUCGUGACCGUGAUAGUCAUCGCCAUCUGGUCGUGUGGGCUCGCAUGGCAGGUUACGUUUGACCGUGCCAAGGCGAAGGAGCUGGAGCAGGAGCAGAAGCUGAUCAACUACAAGGACGCGGACUACCGCUCGAAGGGGCCGCUGUUCUUCUUCUGUGAGCGCUAUUGUUUAUAUUGCUACUUGUGGCUGUUCGGAGAGGUUGAUUUCGGAUGGGCAGAUUACUUUGGUGAUGCGUGCUAUCAGGCACUCGCGUAUUGGAUCAUGAGCGCGCUCACGAACGAUCCCUUCAAGCUUGCCCGUUUCGCGGGAAUCUACAAGGCCAUUCAGAGUGCUGGCGGUGCCGGAAGUUACGGCAUGGAUGCUGUCUCGACGCCGUUCCUGAACGAGUUGCUCGCUAGCUGGAUCAUGAUGCUAGCCUCGUUCCCGCUCGCCUUCCUCGUUCUGCGAACCGUGAAGGAAACAAAUUAUGAUGACGAGCAGAUGGUGUACGUGGACGAUGUGCAGAAUAGAGUCAUGGAAGAGGGCGCACAAGACGCAGAAGCAGGCUCUAUCGCCAAGGAGGAGGACGUCACCGUUGAGAAGAAGGAAGCGACAUGA